AUGGUGGAUAUAUUCGCCUUCAGUCCUACAACCGUGUUGCUGUGUGUGGCCGUGCUAGUUUUGUUAUGGCUGUUAACGCGGCGACCCUCAGGGCUCCCUCCCGGCCCCCCUCUCCUCCGGUUUUUUGGGAAUGCCCUCUCUAUGGGUUUCGAUCCCAGGGUCACGUUUAAAAAACUCAGGCAAAAAUAUGGGGACAUCUUCAGUGUGUACCUGUUCAACAAACCACUCAUCGUCCUCAACGGCUACAGCACUCUGAAAGAAGCCAUUGUCAAGAACGCUGACGUCUUUUCUGAGAGGCCUCACACCACACUAAAUGACUUCAUUGCGAGAGGAAAAGGUGAGUUGCCAUACAUUGGAUCCCACCUGUGUUGCUUCAAACAUCUGCAGGUGUUGCUGGAACAUCUGGAGAGCUCUGGCGCGAACAAAGACGAUUCGCCCUCAACACCCUCAGGAGAGUUCGGAGCAGGCAGGAAUAUCAUGGAGGACAAAAUACACGAGGAAAUCUCACAGUUUAUCGAGGCCCUCGAGGCAGAACGAAGGCAAAGCUUUGACUGCAAACGCCUGGUGCACAACGCAGUAUCCAAUGUCAUCUGCUCCACUGUAUUCGGCAAACGGUUUGAAUUUUCUGACCCCCUUUUUAUUACAUUUUUAAAAGCCAUGGAAAAAAAUGUUGCCAAUGUUGGAGCGGCUGGAGUGUUGAAUGUGCUGCCUAUUGUGCGCUUUUUCCAGGGGGAUCUAUUCAAAUUUAAAGUGACAAUGCAGAAUGUCUGGAUAAAUUGA